AUGUCGGUCAGGAUAUUUGACCUCGAAGAAUGGCGCACAUUGAAGGCCGCUCAACAUUUUAUGUUGAAGGCGGUUGAAAGCACUCUUGCUGACACGACGAUACCAAGCCGACAACUCGGGAUCAGUGCCGACCAGGUUGACAAGUUGAGGUUCCUCCGCUAUGAGUUCAUGAAACUGGCAAUAUCAAUUGAAUUCGACAAGGAGAUUCGGCCCCAGGUCGCAGCCCAUUUCAAGCGUGAGACCUACAAAAUAUUUUCUUAUCUAGAGACAGUUCUCGUCACCCAGCUGCUUUCCAGCCAACCUGCUAAGCAUCAUAAAUUCCCCGCAUUGUGGGAACUGGAAUAUAUUUUCUCAUCAAAUGAAGGAAGAGAAGCCCCGACAUUAAGUGCUUUGUUGGUCCUCCCUCAUCAAAACCUAGACAGCUGGUUCGCCAUCCUCGAUAACCUCACUGCCUUCAACAAAACAGCUGAGAAUCUCUUCUGGGCUCCCCCAUUGACCUCGGCGCCUUCUUUUGGAGAUGCUCUGCAAAACACUCUCAGUGCAGGACUUGUUCGAAAGAGCGGAGUGGAAACCACAUUGGAAUGUCUCGAAGAACAUUUCUCAAAGUGUCCCCGCCAACCUGCUCAUGAGCAUGGUAUAUUGCUUCAAGCUUCUCGCAAGAAAUGGAAGGCCGAAGAGACCACGGAUACCAGUAACGCACUUUUUCUUUCUUCCUGUGCCCACCCUUCAGCAUGGCAGGAAGCUGAGUGUUCGCACCAAGAGCGUUCGGUAAACUCAGAGAACUCAUACGUCAUCACAGAUAUUUGCGAUUCGAUAGCAGAAUAUCUGCAGUACAAUGAUACACUUCACCUAAUGACUUUGAAUAAUACGCUAUACAAAAUUGAUGGAGCCUGCGCUCCAGGAUUAGAAGCAGUUCCAAAAAGGACCAUCCAAUAUCUACUUGAUCAUCAGAUGUUAAUCCCUUGGAGCGCGGGGCUUGAAUCGUCUGCUCCGUUGAAAAUACGUGAUAAGAGAGAGCUAGCCUUGAAUCUGGCCUGGUGUUUCGUGCACUUGUUUGACUUCAAGUGGAUGGAAAACGGCUGGUCUGCAGACCGAAUCUAUAUCCUAUCUUCGACAGCUGAUAGUCCAGCCCCCAUGGUUACUGAAAUUCCUCCCUAUAUAACGUGUCAACAGCCUAAUACGGAAGAGCCCAAACAACAAGCAGAUAUGGGCAAACUCUUCAGCGGGUCGGUUUUCUUGUCACUGGCAAAACUUUUGGUUGAGAUCGAAAUUGGGCGAAGCAUAAGCAUCGAAGAAAAGGACAAGUUUGGAAACCCCAGUCUGUGGUUGACCAUUCGGAAAAUCAUCAAAGAAAACCAGUUAUCACUAGCUUGUGAUGAUUACAUCUGGGCUAUUGACGGGUGUCUUGAUCUUCAUAGGAACUUCGAUCGGUUGGUUCGGAACAAGCCCGAGUCGAGCCCAGGAGAGAUCAUCUAUAAGAUGAUUGUCGCGUAUCUCGAGAACGACUGGAAGAAUUAUCAGAGGAAAACCUUGAAAAGGCGCCGUAGUGAGUUGAGCCUUGAUGAAUCACAUUCUACGAGUAUGGGGCCCAAGAAGGCAAACUUUGAUGUUCGUGUGAGCUCGCAAGCUCAGGCUCAAGACAAAGGAACUCCUCUCCCGGCUUAUAUCCCUCCCAAGCGUCUUCGGAGCCGUACCAAAUUCCUAGAGGUAGAUUACGAGCUUGAAAAGCGUUCAGUAGUAUCCAGAGACUCUUUCAAUGUGGAGACACACUCGCCCCCCACCUGUCGGGAAGAAUUCGAAAUUGCGAUAAUAUGCGCUCUUGGGCAUGAAUAUACGGCUGUUGAGGAUGUAAUUGACCAGUUCUGGGAUGACGACGGUGAUAAUUACGGUAAACUGCAGGGAGAUCCAAACCACUACACCACUGGCCGCAUUGGACAGCACAACAUAGUCUUGGUUCUUCUACCAGAGAUGGGGAAGGCGAACGCGAGCAGUGCCGCUAAUAGCUUACGCCUCAGCUACACCGGGGUGAAGCUUGCGCUUGUUAUUGGGAUAUGUGGUGCGGUGCCCAAAAACGGGGAUGAGGAUAUCAUGCUCGGCGAUGUGAUUAUUGGUGAGAAGGUCGUUCAGCACGACUUUGGGCGGAGGUAUGGCGACAAAUUCUAUCGAAAAAGUCACCACCUUGGAAAGGCAAAUAAGGACGUCAGCAGCAUCACUGGAAAAUACAAGACGCCCCGAUCGAAGAAAAACGUCGAAAACCACGCUGCGGAGAUCCUCAAAGACCUACGGAGUAGGAUUGCGACAGCAGGCCGUCAGGGUGAAUACGACGACCCAGGGUAUGCUUCAGAUAGAUUAUUCAAACCCGACUAUCGCCAUCGGCAUACAGUCUCUCCAGCUUGCAUCUGUGCAAGCUGCCUCAAAGACGCCGAUCCCACCUGCAGUGUGGCUUUAGUCUCAACAUGUGAAGAGCUUCAAUGCGACGAAAAGGAGAUGAUUCAUAGGGAGCCACGCUCUUCAUCUAUGAGGACCCCAAUCAUACAUAUCGGCGCCAUCGCAUCCGGGGACACCGUGAUGAAAUCCGGGAUCCACAGGGAUACCAUGGCGAACGAGCUGGGCGUCAUAGCUUUCGAGAUGGAGGGCUGUGGUGUCUGGGAGGAGCUGCCUUGUCUUGUGAUCAAAGGCGUGUGCGAUUAUGCGGACAGCCACAAAGACAAGGUUUGGCAAAAGUUUGCCGCGGCAUCUGCUGCAUCGGUUGCCAAGGCAGUAAUACAUAGAUAUAUCAAAACUGACAAGGCCAGUGGGAGUUCGUCUAGAGGCAGUGAGCUCUCAAUCGAUGACCGGUGGGAGAUUAAUACGAACGGGCAGUCGUAUUUAAGCGGAUGA